AUGACUGAAUCGACUAAUUCAUUAGACCAAAUGCAGCCCUUAGACUGGUUGUUAGAGUCCAAUGAGUGGCGUUUGGGUCUUCACGUGGGACACUCGUCGCUGAGAUUGCCACCAGCCUUCCACUUCU